GGUAUGGUUCAAGUUCUUAUCACAUAAAUUUGUGUAAAUGAGAUUUUAUUAGUUUCAUGACACUUUUUUUGCCAGGAAUACUACCAUAUGAGAUUGGCCAUCUUCAGAGUCUGGUUGAGUUUGGUGUUGAAUUCAAUCAAAUUGCGGGCUCAAUUGAUUUCAAUAUUUUCAUGAAUAUGUCUUCUCUGCAAAACAUAUAUCUAUGGCGCAACAAAUUCACGGGGAACCUUUCAAGGGAUGUCGGGAAUAUUACCAUGCUAACAGAGUUACAGCUCGAUGAAAACCAUUUAACAGGUACAACAGAGUAAUUUUCAUGUAAAUUGUCUGUUUAGCUACAAUAUGUGUUUUUAGUUACAGUUUUGAAAUCUCAUAUUUUGCAGGGCUUAUUCCCACUGAAUUUGGCCAACUUUACCGGUUGGAGAUAUUAACAUUAUCAUUCAACACCUUGAGUGGUUCGAUUCCACAUGAGCUCUUUAACAUUUCAACUCUUCGGAUUCUUGCACUUGCCGGCAAUGCUCUGUCAGGGUUUCUUCCAACCCAUUUAUGCCAUGCCUCUCCCUUUCUUGAACAACUUUAUCUUGGCAGUAAUUCUAUCACCGGAGCAAUACCCAACUCCAUCUCUAACUGUUCUCAACUCACAAUUCUCUCACUUUAUGAGAACAAAUUCAGUGGUUAUAUACCUACUCAUCUCGGUAACCUAAGACUUCUUCAAAAUCUUCAACUGUUCAGCAACAAUCUUACCCAGGCACCAUCAUCUUCCUUCAUUACUUCAUUGACAAAUUGCAGGUGUCUAACUGAUUUGGGAUUUGAUGAUAAUCCUCUAAAUGGUGUCAUUCCAGCUUCUGUCGGGAACUUAUCAUCCUCACUUCGAACAUACACUGUCGGCAACUGCAAAUUCAGUGGCAGCAUUCCUGUUGAAAUAGGAAAUUUAAGCAAUUUGAUGACAUUGGCUUUGCAAGGCAAUGAGUUAUCUGGUAAUAUUCCACUAACUAUAAGCCAUUUGCAUGAACUUCAAGGAUUAAAUCUGUCUCAUAACAAGUUGGGAGGCUCAAUACCACAUGCUAUAUGUGAUCUAUUCAGCCUCGAUACUUUAGUUAUGAGCAAGAAUCAAUUUUCAGGCCCAAUUCCUAAAUGUCUGGGAAAUGUUUCUUCUUUAAGAGUUCUAUAUCUAGACUCCAACAUUUUGAAUUCAAGCAUACCAUUAAGCUUAUGGGGCCUAAAAGAUUUGAUCACUCUAGACUUGUCCUCGAAUUCAUUAAAUGGGUUCUUACCACAAGAGAUAAGUAACUUAGGAGCAACAAUAUAUAUAAACCUAUCGAUGAAUCAGUUGUCAAAGUCUAUUCCUAGCACUAUUGGGAAGUUGCAGAAUUUGAUCAAUCUGUAUUUGGCAAAUAAUAUACUAGAAGGUUCUAUUCCUGUGUCCAUGGGAAGCAUGAUCAGUUUGGCAAAUCUCGACUUGUCGUACAACAACCUCUCUGGUUCAAUUCCAAAGUCUUUAGAAACACUUCAACACCUCGACUACUUUAAUGUCUCUUUUAAUAGUUUAAGUGGAGAAAUUCCUAAUGGAGGUUCUUUUAGAAACUUCACUAUGGAUUGUUUUAAGGGUAAUGAGGCAUUGUGUGGAAUCCCCAAGUUCCAUGUCCAAAUUUGCUCUUCAAUUUCUAAUCACAGAUCAAAGAGAAAGAAGGUGGAACGAGCUUCAUUUAUUGUUUUCGGGGUUGUGGCUUUCAUCUCAGUUGUUUCUUUGGCCUUUAUAAUUGUCAAAAACAAAAGGAAAGAUAAGACGACUAGCAGAGAAGUUGAUGAGUUGAAAUCUAUUGUGCCAGAAAGAAUCUCUUAUUAUGAACUGCUGCAAGCAACAGAAAGAUUCAAUGAAAGCAAUUUACUUGGCACCGGGAGUUCUUGCUCUGUUUAUAAGGGAAUUCUUAACAAUGGGAAGGAUAUCGUUGUCAAGGUGUUUAAUAUGCAGCUAGAAGGUAUUUUGAGAAUAUUUGAUGUCGAAUGUGAGAUACUACGUAGCAUUCGACACAGGAAUCUGACAAGCGUCAUAAGCAGUUGCUCCAAUGAAGAGUUCAAGGCAUUAGUACUUGAAUAUAUGCCAAAGGGAAACCUUGAAAAAUGGUUAUAUUCCCACAACUAUUACUUGAAUAUGAUGGAAAGAUUGAAUAUAAUGAUUGAUGUUGCAUCUGCUUUGGAGUAUCUUCACCACGGUUAUUCAAUGCCCAUUGUCCACAGCGACUUGAAGCCUAGUAAUGUGCUGUUAGAUGAAGACAUGGUUGCCCAUGUAAGCGACUUUGGGAUAGCAAAGUUGUUAUGCGAUGGAGAUAGCUUUGUGUUAACCAACACGCUAGCAACAUUCGGUUACAUCGCUCCAGGUGAAGUUUCUCUAAAUAUAUCGAUUGCACUUCACUUUCAAUCAAUUAAUUGUGUCUUCCUUACUGCACAUAUCAUGAUUUUUGUUGUUCCAGAGUAUGGCUUGGAAGGGCUAGUUUCAACAAGGUGUGAUGUGUAUAGCUACGGGGUGGUGUUGAUCGAAACUUUUACGAGAAAAAGGCCUAGUGAUGAUAUGUUUUGCGGAGAUAUGAGCUUAAAGAGAUGGGUAGAACUCUCACUUUCGGAGAUCCCGGAUGAAGUGAUAGAUGCCAACUUAGUCAUGAAUUUGGAGGAAGAAUUGAUUGACAAGAAUAUGCAGUGUGUAUCAUCCAUACUUGAAUUGGCUCUGAAAUGCUCUGCCAACUCUCCCGGGGAUAGAAUCAACAUGAAACAAGCACAUGCAGAGUUGCAGAAAAUCAAACAUCGAUUUUCCCAAUGAAAUUCAAGUAAGCUAUUUUAAAGUUCUAUGUUAUUUCUAAAAGCAUAUUGAUAUCCCAAAUUUCUAUGGCAAAAUUAACUAAUGAAGUCUUCUUCAUUUGGUGGCUUUGAUGAGACAUGCAGUGGAUAGUUGUGAGGUGGAUGACAUAAAGAAUGGAAAAUGUUGUUCUUUAUUAUUACCAUGGAAGGUAUGCUAUAUGUGGAAUAAUUGUGUCUCUGUUUCUUCCUAUGCUUUAUCCAGUAGUAUUCUAUCUUUUCAAGACCUUUGUUCUUGUGUUUUACUUUCUAGUUAUUCCAGAGAUGCCGUGCAGGUCAUAUGUAUUAAUGAUUAAUGAUAAUUUAAUUAUGUACUCUUAUUAAUUUGUUGUCUUAAUGCGAAAGUAAAAUGAAAUAUACUACUAAGUAAUAUGGGUUGGAUUUUGAACAUGCAUGUUGUAUAUGGGCUGGAUUGUAUUUGUUGAUAAUUUGGGUUGCCAAUUUAACUUUUUGUUACAUAUUGUGUUUUGAAUGGAUAAUUAUGAAAUCAUUUAAUUUUUUCUAAUUUGGGUUGGCACCACGUAUUGCCACAUAUUAAGUGAAUAACGCCACAUAGGAAAAUUUCGACUUUGGAUUUGACUGGAAAAACCGUCAUGGGAAAAUUAGGAAAAAUCAAUAGUUGGGGGGUUUUUUGUGGGAAGUUCAAAGUUUGAGGAAAAAAAUGAAAAAUGACUAUAGUUUAAGGAUUUAGAGCGAAUAAGCCCAAAUAAUAAAUAAUAGUAUAAAUUAAAAAAUGAUUAUUUUUUAAUCUUUGAAACUUUUAUUCCGAAGCGCGGAUUUUGCAUUGGAAUACCUUGGAAGCCCUCUAUCACGUAUCACAAUUUUGGUGUGCCACAUGGACAAAAUAAUAUGUUUACUUAGAGAAUUAUAUAUAUUAACGCUAAUAACCUAUAAUGGGUUGUUGUUAGAAUGGCCCACGGUGCUGUUAUUAAUAUUAAUUAACCUAAAAUAAAACCUAAUUAUUAAUUUUAAAUUGAGUUUAUUAAUCUCCCUCCGUCCUAUUACAAAUACCUCGCUUUUCAUAAUGGAAUGUCCUAUUACAAAUGUCUCAUUUCAUUUUGUGGGAAUGAUCACAUAUAGCCCUUUUUGUUAAAACAUAAGUUUUAUAGCCCUAGUCUAUAAUAAAUAAGUUAUAUAGCCAUUUUAGGCUUAAAAGAUUAUAAUACCCAUUGACUUUUUUGUAACUUCGAGUACUCGAUGGUGUACUCGAUGACACCACCGAGUACACCAUCGAGUACUCGAUGAUGUACACGAUGGUGCCAUCGAGUAAUGAAAAAAAUGAAGUUUUUCUAUAAUACUAUCGAGUAAUCGAAGUAUUCGAUGGUGUACACGAUGGCACUAUCGAGUACUCGAUGGCACUAUCGUGUACACCAUCGAGUACAAAAAAAUCAAAGGGUGUUAUAGUCUUUUAAACUUAAAAUGACUAUAUAACUUAUCUAUUAUAAACUGGGGCUAUAAAACUUAUGUUUUUAUGAAAGAGGGCUAUAAUGAGAUUUCCCUCUUUCAUUUUUGGCAACAUAUUCUCUCUUAGGUGCUUCAGCUUUGCCACUUGAUCAGCUAAGCCUCAUCGACAAUAGAUAAUUAAAUUAAGUACACAUAAAUAUGGUGCUUGCUCAUAUCAUAUUAAGACGGUGUAUAUAUGUUUUGUGGGUUUCAACUGAGAGAAUUAAAUUGAAUUGAAACGCAUCUAACUAUCUAGUUUCGCCAAAUUAUUAUAAAUACUUAAAGCAUUCAACAUUUUAUAAAACAUCCAAAAAAGAGAAUAUUUCAAACACUUCAAUUUGAUCUAUACUUAAAUAGCCAUGAUUCAAAUCCUAUUUUUCUUCGUUAUUGGUGGAGUAAUAGUGAAUGAAUCUCAAGCACAUCGUCAGAUCGAGUUGAUGGGUACACUUGCUUCAGCAAAUAA